GACAGUUAUCCACAUUCCCCUCACCCUCUCACCUUCCAGUCUAGCCCUCUUUACUUCAUCUUCAGUCAGUCUUACUAAACCCGUUUUAUAGGUGCUUCAGUCCACUGUGCUCCUACUCUCAUCCCAGGAACCAUGAUUCCCAACAGCAGUCUUGGCAGGCCCCUUGUCUUCAUUAUAGGUCUGUUGGUGGCCACUGUCUACACAGAGACUAUUGACCCUGCACCAACUCUUAAUGGGGACAACCACGACAUGUCCGGGGGGGGGGCCUACGAUGUUGCCACAAAGGACCCUUUCCAGGACAUAACGGAGCGAGCCUUUACCUACGAGUAUGAGGACACAACAAACUCCCCGCCCGUGGAAGAUGAUGAGGGUGUUCUGGGCCCCGGGGCCAUCACAGCCAUCGUCAUCGCAGUGUUCCUGGGGGCCUCCGUCCUACUGGCCCUCAUUGUCAUCACACUCAGGAAGUUCACUGCCUCCUAGGCACUUAACAUCCUCUAUGUCUUCCUUCUUCUAAAUAUUUCUGUGUAUAUUCUCUUAUGUGCUAAAUUUCUCGAACUGCUCUUCUUUUCUUUUUCUGUUCUCUCUGUCUCUUUCUCUCUCCCUUGCUCCAACUUUCUAUAUCUCUACAUCAAAGUAACCAUUAGUAACCUAUGUCCAUAUAUCCAUAUCCUCCAUCUGAAUGCUGUGUGGAGGUGGCAGGUCUUUUUGGCCAAGAAGUGUUUCAUAAAGAGAUUCAGAUUAAUUUAAUUAUACUGUUUGGCACACCUGUCCACUAGUUGGCAAUGGUGCUGUGUUAAAGACUGGCAGGUUUCUCCAGUUCUAAAUUAUAGCAUGUCGAUGUACUAGGAUUAUUAGGGUUAGGGUUAGGCUUACGUACUUAUUUGUAAACUUCUAUAGUUUAUACUUCAAACUAUCAAACUGUUGUUUUUCUACCUAUGCCAUCAUUAUUUCUUUGUGUCUUGCCUUUGUUUGUUUGUUGUGGGACUAGGAUUUGUGCUCUUGUUAUUAUAUUGACCACCAUGGUAAUUUUAUCAGAAUUUCUGAUGGUACAUUUGAUCAAGAUUGUCGUCAAUGAAAUAAUUCACCCCCUGUACUAAAGUUACCUUUAUCCAUAAGGAUUUUUCUGAUAGUACCAUUUACAUGUUUUUUUAUCUGUAUAUUAGCAAUUUUAUCCCUUUCUAUUUACAUACAAUAUUUUCCAAAAUGUCCUCCCUCAAAAAAACAUUUAUAGAUGAAAAUGCUGGCGUCUUCGAUGAAUGUAAAACAGAGCAACUUGUUUGGUUUGUCUUGAAAGCAAAUAUUAUGCUUGAUCAUAAAAAGAAAGAGUGUUUGCAUUUUGGUGUAUGUACUGUAGACAUGCGUGAUUGUGUGCUUUUGUGUGUGUUUGUGUGAAUAGUUUUUUGGUUCAGCAAGAGAAUUGAAUGGUUGAUUUGUUUCAAUCAUUUCAUUUAACAGGUAUUGUAUUCAGCAGUGGCCUCUUACAGGCCAAUUCAUUCUUCCGUAACAGCAGAAAAUUAUGUAUUUGUGAUGAUUUCACUGUCUAUUUUCACUGAAUCAAUAAAUCAACCAACU